AUGACAAGGAAAUUGCCAACCUCAAUUUAUAAACGUAUUAAUUCAAAAUACUUCAAAAGUGAUCCUUAUAAUGUGAAAAAUUCUAAACGGUAUAGCUUAAAUCAUGAAAGAACCCAUGAAACUCCAAAUCACACAUCUUCCAAUGAAUUCGUUUCACACUCAGCGAUUAAAAUCCAUCCAGUACUUAAAUAUGCUCUUAAUCGCAAUAAAUCCAUAUAUAAGCUGAACGAGAUGCAGGAAUCGUCAUAUUUGUCUAUAUUGAGCGGGAAAGAUGUGACUAUACACUCACCUACAGGAUCUGGGAAAACUAUAGCAUAUUUACUUCCAAUUUUGAACAAUAUAUACCAGAUACAUGACAUGCUGGAAGAUCUCAUACUGCGGGAUUCCACAAUUAUAGGCGAUAAAGAAGACAGGCUUAAGCGUUUGAGUCUUGGAUGGAAUAAAAGGGUACCUCAUGCUCUAUUGCCUAGUUCUUUUGAUGAAUACAAACAGGAUACACAAAACCUUGAAGCACUAGGAAGUCAAUUGUUUAACAAAUAUCCUGGUAGAACAACAUUUGAGAAGUUAGUAGAUGUCUUGGUCUCACGAAAACCUUCUGAAUUAAAGAGCUUAAGCGGACACUUUCAUCAUCUUCCAUACCACAUAUGGAGAAAGAAAUCAAGAAAUUCAGUGUAUAGGAAUUUAAUGAGUAAUCCACUUGGAGGUGUACGUUGUGUAGUAAUUCUUGUUCCGGGAAAAGAUUUGGUAUCACAAGUUAUUCGUGAUAUUUAUGACUUGGAUUAUCUUGGAAGAGUUUCUGUGCAGGCGUUGACUCGCGUCCAUUAUUUACCACUUGAACCGGAAGGAACUAUAGAAACCCUGCCAAAGAGUGAUGAUCAUCCGUUUUAUCCAUCCCAACAUACGUUUAUGGCAAUGUCUGAUGAAAUAAAGAUUCCUUCUGGAGUUUUAAGUUUAGAAGAUCAAAAGAAAAUGUUACAAAAUGUACCUACAAGAUCAAUAGAUAAUGAUCCACACACUUACAAAGUGGAAACUGUGGCCAUAAAUAUGGGUAAUAAAAAGAGAUCUAUAAUACUUAAUCCUUUAUCAACACAUGGGAAUAUGAAAACUAUACAAGAGAGCUAUGGAGUCGAUGGUUUAGAGGUGCAAUCUGUUGAACACAAAAGACAGCCUUUAAUAGUAUCCCCAAGGAUACAGUGGGGAAGUACCGAUAUCGUAGUUACAACUCCUCAGUUAUUUUUAAUGGAUAUAUUGCAGCGAAAACAACGAAGAUUAUAUCCAGUAUGUGUUGUCUUCGAUGAAGUUGAUAUGUUGUUCGAAAGUGGCGUGAGUAGAAGCAGUAUAAUGGAGAUUGUUUCGUAUUUGCGUCCUCGACCUCCAUCAUACAAUCCAUUGGUGGACUCACAUAAAGUAGGAUCUAGACAACCACCUCCUUGCCAAUUUAUUAAAUCAGCAUCUACUAUUGCAUUUGGAGGUAUGCAAACAUCUGGAAGUAUGAUAUAUGAAAGAUUUGGUACCAGUAAGCUUCUUUUUAGCGAUAAGAAUCAUUUGAUAAAAUCUGAAGUUACCUUCAUAAAGUUUGACGAUGAAAACGAUAAACUAGAGUUACUGAUUAAAAGCAUAGUAUCUAAUCCCGUUCCAAAAACCGUGAUUUUUGCAAACUCCUUGAAAAAUGUUAGUCUAAUUUAUAAUUACUUGAAGGAGCACAAAUGGCCGGUUUUAGCAUUUCAUUCCAGAUCCACACUUGCAACUAGGGUUGCAAUGAUAAAAACAUUUUUUGAUGGAGACGAUGAUCCUAGGAUCUUUGUGGCAACAGAUUUACUUGCUAGAGGCAUAGACUUGAAGACAGUUCAUCACAUUAUAAACUUCGAUUUUCCUAAUGAUGCCUCUGUAUUUCUGCAUCGUAUAAAAUCACAAGAUGCAAAGGUGACAAGCUUAGUUGGUGCAAGUUCCAACGAUUUGAGUACGCAAAUUCGAUACUUUCAACGAACCAAGAAACCAAUAAACCAGAUACUUUCCCGCAAAAGGUCGUUCAGGCGCAAAAUAAAGAGUUUAAACCUAUCAAAGCCUCGGGAAUUCAAAGAUGGGAAGCGAGAGAGAGAGGGACCAGUUGAGAUAACUCCAACUAAACCACUGCCUCCAAGAACGAUGCAUCACACAGAAGACGAUAUAUAUAAAAGGUUAUCCCUUAAACGGAGGGUAUUGCAGUACUACAACAACUACAAUUCUUAA